UCUCCUACCAGUGUCCAGGGACAAAACCACACAUCACUAUCACAUCUUCACACAGCAUCAGUCUCUCUGACCUGCAAUGUGGUACUCAGUACUUCCGUCACUGUCUGCACUGUGCUGGAAAAUGGAAAGCAAAGUCAACUGGUGUCAACAACCCUAACCACAGAACAUUUUCAGUGGUGGAAGAGACCCUCCACAGUUGCUGCAGUGUUUGUUGUACUGGCUGUGAUCAUGGGCCUGUGGGAUUCCUAUGCAGCUGCAGAGAGAGACCAGCUACAGACAAUUUACAACACCCUGACUAAAGAGAGAGACCAGCUACAGAAUAGUCUAAAUACCAGGACCACAGAGAGAGACCAGCUACAGAAUAGUCUAAAUACCAGGACCACAGAUAGAGACCAGCUACAGAAUAGUCUAAACACCAGGACCACAGAGAGAGACCAGCUACAGAAUAGUCUAAAUACCAGGACCACCGAGAGAGACCAGUUACAGAAUAGUCUAAAUACCAGGACCACUGAAAUAGAUGAGUUGAUGAAGAGUCUGAACACUACAACUAUGGAGCGUGACCAGCUACAGAAGGAGAAAGAAUGGCUGAACUGGAAGAUCAAUGGGUCCUGUCCUGAAGGAUGGAGAAGGUUUGGCUGCAGCUGUUACUACCUCUCUACUGAGAAGAAAUCCUGGGAGGAGAGUAGACAGGACUGUCUGGAGAGAGGAGCAGAUCUGGUGAUCAUUAACAGUAAAGAGGAACAGACAUUCAUCAAUGGGUUUGAAUCAGUCAAUUUUUCCUGGAUUGGUCUGACUGACUCUGUUACUGAGGGGACCUGGAAAUGGGUGGACGGCACCCCACUGACCACCCCAAGGUAUUGGAUGAUUGAACAUCCUCGUGGUGGUACACUCCAGAACUGUGCAUUCAUCCAUCACAUGUCAUCAGGCCAUGGACAAUGGUGGAGUUUUAAUUGUUCCUCUUCAGAACAAUGGAUCUGUGAGAAAUAGGCUUCUCUUAGGUACUUUCUCUGCACUGCUGAUUAAUGAACUCUCUACUGUAUGUUAAUGAUGGUCUGAAGACUGGUGUGAUUUGAUAGAAUGGUACUCUGAACUACAGGUCGGAGAGAAACACAUGCACACAUUCAGACACACCAACAUACAGGACCUGAACAAGAGUCUCCCACGAGAGAAACGACACCUUUAUUAGACAGAGGAAAUUCCCUUUCGGGCCGAGAGCUGACACUGAUUUUGAAGUUGCAGGCAGGGCUACCUCAUCACGUGACUAUGAGUAACCAAUCAUGACCGACUCAUGUCUGCUACACAAUCAUUUAUUCAUAUGUCAAACAAUGAUGUGUAGAAUAUAGAUAUCAUUCAAUAGCCGCUGUCAAUCAAUUACUGUUAAGUUCUACAUUUCUAAAUACAUUUAAAAUGACUGUAUAUGUUUAUUAGUUAUACAGUAUGUCUGCUUCUUGUGCUUUUAUCAUUCCGUACUUAAACAACGUGUACUUCCUGCUUAUUCAAUAAAUCAUUUCAUCUUUAUUAAAGACA